AUGAAUAUACUUGACCAAAAGAAAGUGGAUAUUCGAACUUUAAUCGAUGGUUUGUGUAAUGAAAUAGAUGAUUAUGACAUUGUUUUAUCUAUAUGUAUGAGAUAUAUUAAAGAAGAAUCAAAUAAAUUUAUAGAUUUGGUAGUUUCAGCGAAGAACAAACCUGUUUCGUGCUCUUAUCAAUCAUUUAUACAAAGCUCAGAAGAAAAUAAAAAAUUGUUUUGGAUUCAAACGCAACAAAGUCAGUUCGAAGUUAAACCCAAUCGUUACAGAAAUGAAAUUAUAUUCGUUUAA